AGGCGGAGCCGAGGCUUGGGGGUGGUGUCACCGCGGUCUAUAGGCGGCGGGCGGCCGGCGGCGGCGGAGUCGGUGGUCUUGGCGCGAUGGCCGCCUCGGUGUUCUGCUGCCUGCGGUGCUGCAGGGACGGCGGGACGGGACACAUCCCUCUGAAGGAGAUGCCGGCCGUGCAGCUGGACACGCAGCACAUGGGAUCAGAUGUUGUCAUUGUAAAAAAUGGAAGAAGAAUAUGUGGAACAGGAGGUUGUUUAGCCAGUGCCCCUUUACAUCAAAACAAAAGCUACUUUGAAUUCAAAAUCCAGUCCACAGGAAUAUGGGGUAUUGGCGUUGCAACUCAAAAAGUUAACUUGAAUCAGAUUCCUCUUGGCCGAGAUGUGCACAGCCUGGUGAUGAGGAAUGAUGGAGCCCUCUACCACAACAACGAGGAGAAAAAUAGGCUGCCAGCAAACAGUCUUCCGCAGGAGGGAGAUGUGGUGGGUAUUACAUAUGACCAUGUAGAAUUAAAUGUAUAUUUGAAUGGAAAAAAUAUGCAUUGUCCAGCAUCAGGUAUACGAGGGACAGUGUAUCCAGUUGUUUAUGUUGAUGACAGUGCAAUUUUGGAUUGCCAGUUCAGUGAAUUUUAUCAUACUCCUCCACCUGGUUUUGAAAAAAUAUUAUUUGAACAGCAGAUCUUCUGAAUGUAUUUGUUUUCAAAACUUGUGUUUCUGUACUUUUAAAAGUGUUUACCAUUUAAUAAAGCUUUACCUGACUUGUAGAUGAAAAUAUAUUCUUAAAAAUAUGCUUGUUAAUGUUGUUUAAGGAACCAGUGUUUUCAAGAUACCAUCUGGAAGUUGUGAUUUAAAAUACUUUCUGUUUUGUGAGAUGAAAUCAGCAUUUGGGGCAGUUUAUUUAAUUCUUAUUUAAAUAAAUAUAACUAUGGGUUUGAUUAACAGUAUUAAGGGGAAAUGUAUAUAUAUAUUUAAAAGGGAAUCUUACAUAAAAUAUUUGUUUUUAUAAUAGAGAUGUAGAGUUGGGUGGGUUUUUCUCGUUUUGAAAUUUAGACCUCAUUAACUAUUUUAAGUCUGCAGUCUAAUUUGCGUCUGAGUGUUCUUUUUUAUAUAGAGUAUAACAAAGUGAUAGAAAAUAUAUUAUUGGCAACUUCUUUUUUGGUGAUUUAUUUACUGUAAAAUGUACCACUUUUCUUAAACGUUAAAUUGCUUACUUUGUAUGUCAUUGCUUUUAAGUUGCUUUGUGAAAGGAGGUAAAUGUUUUAGUAACUGUCACAGCUUUUUUGUUGAAGACCAUCAUGCUGUGUUACUUCAAUACCAGAGUAAGUAGUGGUUGAUUGGUGAUGUAGUAUACACUGGCAGACAUUUAGAAUAGUAUGAUGCUUUAAACUUAAAUGUAAAUGAGAUUAUUCUUUUAAGAACUUUUAUUUAAAUGUGAGUUUUUUUGUAAGGAAUAAUAAAAUAAUAGUAAUUAAGGA